GUGGGCGGGGCCACAGAGUAACAGAUGUAGUAGAUUAUUUAUACCCAACUCAUGCAAAUAAUUUUUAUUGAUGCAGACACAUCAUCAAUGAGACAUGUCGGACAAAAUUGCACAAAGUGAUAUAGAUGGUUAUGGGUUUAAUAUUUCUAAAUCAUUCGAACAUACAGUUUACAGUGAAUUUGUGUCCGAAUAUCUUCCAGUAAUGACCAGGAGAGCAAGAAGAUGGCAGCAGGUGAUUGGGAACAAGAAUUCCAUAGCAAAAUCGGGAACAGUGAAGAGAUUUUGUAGAAAAGGGAUUCCGUCUGCUGAACGCCCCAAGGCAUGGAUGUGUCUAAGUGGAGCCAAUGAGAGAAUGAAGAACAACCCACACCUUUAUCAACAAAUGCUUGAAAUGGACCAUAAUAAAGAACUUGUUGAUACAAUCACUCUGGAUAUUCACAGAACAUUCCCAGACAAUAGAUAUUUUGCUAGCAACCAGAGUGCCACAAGUUUACAGAAACCGCUGUUUAAUAUUUUAAUAGCUGUAGGACAUCGAAACAGGACUAUAGGUUACUGUCAGGGGAUGAACUUUGUGGCUGGGUUGCUGUUGCUGGUAAUGAAAAGCGAGGACAGCUAUGAAGAGAAAGUAUUCUGGCUUAUGGAUACCUUGAUAAACAAUAUUCUUCCGGAAUACUUCCAUCCAGAUAUGCAUGCUGUAAAACUUGACCAAGAAGUGCUUGGUGAACUUGUCAGAUGGAAGGCUCCAGACAUUUACCAUCAUCUUGAACUUCAGGGUUUGUCAUGGUGUCUAAUAGGAAUGAAAUGGUUUAUCUGUCUUUUUGCUGAUGUGCUACCUGUUGACACUGUGUUACGUAUUUGGGACUGCCUUUUCAAUGAAGGCCAAAAGAUUUUGAUGCGUGCAUCUCUAGUCAUAAUUCUCAGUAACAGAGAUAAAAUUCUCAGGUGUACAAACUUUAGUGAAGUCACUGAUCUCUUUAAGGAAACGGUUCUGGGGAAAGAGAGUCUUCAUUGCCACUCAUUCUUACAUAGCAUGUUUAAAGAUAUUGGAUCUUUACCCAUGGCUAGAAUCAACAAACUAAGACGUUUGUGUGAAAGUAAAGUGGUAUAGAAAACCUCAUUAUAGACACUGUGCUCUAGUCAUUUGGUUAAAUUAUUCCAUCAAGACUUUAAAAGAAAUUUAGUGUAUAUUAGUACAUAUCAGCUAUCAGCUAGCUCUAUUUGGAAGGAACAGCUAGUUCAACUAUUGUCACCCUGAAUUAAGAUCUGAUUAUAUGACUGUAAAUGUGGUAUCAAAGUCGGAGAGUCACAAAACAACUUUUAUGUACGCAGCCUGUCCAAAACAAAGCCCUAGAACAGUCACUGUGUUUAUAUGGAUGUGUUUAAAUAAGAAAUCUAUAAACAAAGUAAACAAAUAGGAAACAAGGAUAAAACAAGCAUGUGGAAGAAAAGAUCAGUACAUUUCAUUGGAACAAUCAGUGGCAAAAACACCACUGGGGGAGUUUGAACUGUUUAUUUGCGUAAAAACCCAUCCUCUUAAUCUGCACAUUGUACCAGUUUAUAUAUAUAUUUUUUUAAUUUUGAUUAUUGUGACUCUCUAAUAUAUAUUUAGGGUUUUUCAGAUAUUUUUUAUUUGUUUUUAAGGCCACCAUCAUAUAUCUUACGUAGUUAUUUUUUAGUUUAUACUAAUUUGUUUUAGCUCAAUUGUGAUUGUAACCACUCUUACAUAUUUGUGGAUAAAAAUGAAAUAAUGAAGCUCUCUUAUGGUAAUUACCAAAUUUAUAAAUUUUUUAUACAUGCGGUCUGAAUUUAUUUUGUACUAACCUUGUACCAUGAUUGAUUUUCGUAUCAUUGUACAUCGGUCAGUUGGUUUUUAUAUUUGAGCCGUGCCAUGAGAAAACCAACAUAGUGGGUUUGCGAACAGAAUGGAUCCUGACCAGACUGCGCAUCCGCGCAGACUGGUCAGGAUCCAUGCUGUUCGCUAACGGUUUCUCCAAUUCCAAUAGGCUUAAAAAGCGAACAGCAUGGAGCCUGACCAGACUGCGCAGAUGCGCAGGCUGGUUUGGAUCCAUGCUGGUAGCAAACCCACUAUGUUGGUUUUCUCAUGGCACGGCUCAUUUCAUGUUUACACUUUAGUGUUAAAGGCUCAUAAUGCAUUGUUUAAAAUGUGGCUGACAAACAUAAAAUAUAUCAGUUUAGUGUUAAAUCCUAUUAAAAUAAUUGUUUUCUCUAUUUUUGUCAAAAAAUUGAAUAUUGAUGAGCAAAGUAGAAAGUUUGAUUGAAUCUAUUGUUUUUUUAUUACCUCCCUUUUUGACAUUAACUGUAAAAGCUUAAGGGCAGUUUUAAAAGUCCCGCUUUUCUAACCAUAUUAUUAUGCGUAACUUCUAUAUGGAAAGCUGUUUCAUUUGUUUUUAACAUAAAAUUUAAAGCCUUAUGGGACUUGAAUAUUCUAAAUGUUUGACCCAUUUUUUUUCACAACAAAUUCCAUUUAAAAUAAGUGCUUAAUAAUGGUCACAUCUCCAGAAUGACAUAUUUAGUGUUUUUUGUAUACUGCAAGAGUCUAAGGAUAUGUUAUUUGAUAAUUUUGCAGAAUGAUGUUCAGUCUAUUAGAACUGUUUAUAACAACAAUGCCGCUAGCUGGAAUUUGUACGUAUUUAUAAGUCACUUGGAUUUAAUGCU